AUGGCUGACGUGAGGUCUCUCCUGCGCCAGCAAAAGGCCUCGCGGAGGAUAGAUCACCCCUAUGCUGCCUACUCGGCCGCCGGAAAGCUGUUAUGUACCCUCUGCAGAGAACAGGUCAAGGCCGAAUCAUUAUGGGACGGCCAUCUGCUCAGCCAAGGCCACAAGCACAGGGUACAACAGAAAAAGGUCACCCAGACAGCCUCAACAAGUCCAAUACCGGAGCCAGCCCCGGAUGAUUCCGUCGCUGUUCACAAGCGGAAACUUGAGCCCGUCGACGAGCAGGACAGGGAAAUGGAGGACGCCGUCCCUGCCAAGCGUAGCAAGCCUGGUAUUGCGCCUCUCACAGGCAUAGCUUUCAACGGCACUCCUGCUGCUGCUGCUGCCGCCGCCGCUCAGGAUCACGCGGCCAAGACCGGACGCACCAAUACGCCAGACCAAGUGCACAGCGCCGGUAGCAGCAACAGCAAAGAAAGCACAAAAACGCCGCCCAGCCUGAUCCGCAGACUAUCAACCACGCCCUCGCAGGGCGUUGAACUCCAGAUACCGUCGCGGCCGGCGACACCCGCUCAUAGAGAAGGUGGCUCGGCGUCUUCGGCUUCCGCAUCAGGGGGAUACUUUGCCCUUCAGUCUCAGACGGGUCCCAUGACGCCGUUGCAUCGCAAUGCCUCGGCCGCCAGCGUCACAGGUCCAGCAUCUGCUGCGGCAUCAGCAGCAGCCUCCACGGCAGACAAGACAAGCUCAACGGCUCAGCAGGUCGAUGAAUCGGAAUGGGCCGCAUUCGAAGCUGACAUCGCCGCCGCAGAGGCACCCUACGACGAAGGCGCCGUCAUCUCGGCACCAGCCAUGACAACGGAGGAAGUGGCCGCCAAAGAUGCCGCAGACGCAGAUCGCAAAGCCCAAGCAGACGCGGACAUUGAGGACGAGAAGGAAGAGGCCACCCGCGCGCUGGAAGAUGAGUUCGCCGAGAUGAAGGAACUCGAAGCCCGAGUCAAGAGUCUCAAAGAGAAAAGGAACGAGAUCCUGCAAAGGAGAAGAGAGAGCCAAAGUCUAGAAACCGCCCCUGUCGAGGGGGCGUCAUUGGUUGCAGCGGCAGUAAAACAAAACGGUGUUGAGGAAAGAGUUGCUGAGGAUGAAGAGGAUGACGACGACGAUGAUGAUGAAGAGGAGGAUGACUGGGAUGGGUUCCGGUUCCGCACAUGA